AUGGUACGGGUAACGACUUUUCUUUGCCGUAUACCGGUUAUAAAAUUCCGCAAAGGAGGUUCAGCUCAUUCUGCGGGGGGCAGUCCUUCUAUUCCAACUACAACUUCAUCCGCUGGUGCGGCACCUGCUGCGAACACCGCUGCUGUGCAAGCACAACAUACAGCGGCUAUGAGUACUAUAUCUGAUAUAGAUUUGCCACCUCGCUAUCGCAGAGCACCUCUAUCCCAAGAAGAGAUAGACCAUAUUAAUGGCGGUGGAAUUGUAUAG